AUGAACCCGGGUUAUCCAGUCGAAGACGGCGACGCACUCUCGCUGGUCUUGCCGCUCCUCAUCCUGCUGUCAACCCUGAUCUUCAUUUUGCUCCUUUCCUCCAUCCUCGUCCUCGUCUUGCGGCGGCAGUCGCGCAUUUCUCUGAGUGAGCAGGACGGGCCCGUGGAUAUUACAUGCGACGAAGAAGACGUCAGAGCGUCUGUCGCUGUGGAGCGGGAGGAAAUGUUCCUGCAGGGUCUGAUGGAUGAGGCGGUGCGCCAAGGCUAUCGGCGCGCCAGCGACUGGUUCCUGGCCAACCCGCCAGCGAGUGUCUCGACUGACAUCACGCUGUCGCAGUUCCUCAGCAUCCAGGAAAAGGGCGUCAGCGCAUGGAGCUUCGAUCCGGACUACGAGUCCAACCCGAGCGUCUUUGUCGAAGCCAGGACUGAGAUCACCUUCCUCGCUGAUGGCGCAGGCAUGGCGCCCCAGGAGGGCGGUGGCGUCUGUGUGCAAAGUAACCUCCCGGUCCCGAAGCUAAACGAAGUAUACUACUGGGAGGUCAAGAUGUUCAACAAACCCGACACCACAAAUGUGGCCAUCGGCUUGACAACCAAGCCGUAUCCGAGCUUCCGCUUUCCCGGCUUCCAUAAAUACUCAAUCGGCUUCUACUCAGCUGACGGGUCAAAGUGCCACAAUCAUCCGUGGGCUGCGCAGUCAUAUGGCCCAGCGUAUGUGCAAGGCGAUGUAAUCGGCGUCGGCUAUCGCCCGCGCAGCGGGACUGUCUUUUUCACGCGCAACGGCAAGAAGCUUGAGGAUGCAUUUGUCGGGCUCAACAGGCACAACUUCUUCCCCACCGUCGGCGCGGACGGCCAAGCGGAGAUCCACGUCAAUUUUGGUCAGGCCGGCUUUGUCUUCAUCGAGGCCAAUGUCAAGAAAUGGGGGCUUGCGCCCAUGGCCGGCACACUCGCGCCGCCGCCGGCGUAUGGCCACGAAGGAGGGAGCAUCCUGAUCGAGAGUGGU